UCAAUUGAGUUGUUGUGCCGCAAAACACACGCGGAAUCAGUUGGCGCUCAAACCGUACGACCAGAUGGCCAGCAGUGCGGACGCGACGGUCAUGAAUGCCGUCAAUAGUGUGGGCUUUCGUUUGGUUUCGCGCAAUACCGACAGCUGUUCCGUUCACUCCCUGUUGUAUCGCAAGAUAAUCAGCGAACCAUCCAUUGAGAGACAGAUAUUCAUUGAAUUUACCAACGAUUAUAACCAAUGGUUGCAUAGUUUUCAACAAGAGUUCAGUAGUAUUGGCGACAAACCCGCGGACCAGAGUAUAUGGUUAGUGGCCAACGGGUUGGCUGAGGGUCUGUUGGGUUUCAUCAAAUGCGUACGAACUGAGCCGAACGGGCAUCGGGUCCGAGCGCUGCAAAUAAUGGAUACAAAUAACGCCGAUUGUAUAGUAUUGGACAAAACUAAUACCAUGUUAAACGAUGUUAUCAAAAAUAAUUUGGCCAUAAAUGUGUUAAGAGAUGGCAAAUUGGGUCAUUACGUACUCAAUGAGCUGCCGGAACGGCGCCAGACUGUGGACAGUGAACACUGUUUUCUCAAUCAGCAAAACAGAGGCGACUUGUCUUCGUUUCGAUGGUUUGAAUGUCAGCACAAGUAUUGGCCGCUAAACCGAAAGAGCGGCGAAAAGUUGGUUAAUAUCUACUAUUCGGCCCUCAAUUUCAGAGAUAUAAUGUUAGCGACGGGUCGACUUCAAUUGACAGCUCCGGACGGUGAGAGCGAAUGCUUGAUUGGAUCGGAAUUUGCGGGAAGGGAUGAGAACACGAAUCGAGUGAUGGGAAUGGUUUUGUCCAAAGCGUUGGCCACCACUUGUGUCGUCAAAAAAACGCACUUUUUGUGGCCGAUUCCCGACCACUGGUCGAUGGAAGAGGCGGCUACUGUUCCCUGCGUUUACGGCACAGCGUAUUACGCGCUCAUAAUUAGGGGUAAAUUGCGGCCAAACGAGANAAUACAAGCGAUGGCCGACACGAGCGAUGAAACGCCCAUUUGGUUGCAAAGUAAAGACGUGUACAAAGUGUUGAGAACUCGGGGCUAUAAUUACGGCCCGACGGUGACGGCGGGACUGGAGAUGCGUGGAGUGCGGACCAGUGCUCUGCACAGGAAUGUCAAGUCACAAAAGCCGGCGCUCAGGCGCUAUGAGUUUGCGGCGUUUGACGAGUGCUCAGCCAUAAAUACAAUCACCGAUACUAUUAGUGGCGGGCAAUCAAUUGGUGACAUAAACAUGGAUUUACAAAAACAAAUAUUAAACGAAUCGCAGUUGGAUAAAGACAUGUGGUGUUUAUCAUGUGGUGAGCGAAACUUUCUUCGCUCUCAACUCACAAUAUUUGCUGAAAAUCUCAACGAAUUGAGUGGUAAUCGCGUGAAUAUUGUGGAAGUGAAUGCGGGCUCAGCGCCAAUGUAUGGCACAGUUAUGUCGGCGAUAGAUAUAUUGCAGUACAGUCUCGACGUUAACUUCGUAUUCAUUGGCAGUACUAUUGGCUUCAAAGAAGAGGACAAAAACUUGUAUUCAAACACUUAUACUCUCAACGAUUCACGUCUGGGAUGUGAUGUGAAUGACAACAGUAUUGAUUUGAUUGUCUAUAAGGAUCAAAGUCUAUGCAAUUUAACAGCCAAUGAGACCCAAAACGUAGACAUAAAUGCUCAAUUGAGUUGUUGUGCCGCAAAACACACGCGGAAUCAGUUGGCGCUCAAACCGUACGACCAGAUGGCCAGCAGUGCGGACGAGACGGUCAUGAAUGCCGUCAAUAGUGUGGGCUUUCGUUUGGUUUCGCGCAAUACCGACAGCUGUUCCGUUCACUCCCUGUUGUAUCGCAAGAUAAUCAGCGAACCAUCCAUUGAGAGACAGAUAUUCAUUGAAUUUACCAACAAUUAUAACAAAUGGUUGCAUAGUUUUCAACACGAGUUCAGUAGUAUUGGCGACAAACCCGUGGACCAGAGUAUAUGGUUAGUGGCCAACGGGUCGGCUGAGGGUCUGUUGGGUUUCAUCAAAUGCGUACGAACGGAGCCGAACGGGCAUCGGGUCCGAGCGCUGCAAAUAAUGGACACAAAUAACGCCGAUUGUAUAGUAUUGGACAAAACUAAUACCAUGUUAAACGAUGUUAUCAAAAAUAAUUUGGCCAUAAAUGUGUUAAGAGAUGGCAAAGUCGGUCAUUACGUGCUCAAUGAGCUGCCGGAACGGCGCCAGACUGUGGACAGUGAACACUGUUUUCUCAAUCAGCAAAACAGAGGCGACUUGUCUUCGUUUCAAUGGUUUGAAUGUCAGCACAAGUAUUGGCCGCUAAACCGAAAGAGCGGCGAAAAGUUGGUUAAUAUCUACUAUUCGGCCCUUAAUUUCAGAGAUAUAAUGUUAGCGACGGGUCGACUUCAAUUGACAGCUCCGGACGGAGAGACCGAAUGCCUGAUUGGGUCGGAAUUUGCGGGAAGGGAUGAGAACCGGAAUCGAGUGAUGGGAAUGGUUUUGUCCAAAGCGUUGGCCACCACUUGUGUCGUCAAAAAAACGCACUUUUUGUGGCCGAUUCCCGACCACUGGUCGAUGGAAGAGGCGGCUACUGUUCCCUGCGUUUACGGCACAGCGUAUUACGCGCUCAUAAUUAGGGGCAAAUUGCGGCCAAACGAGACAGUGUUGAUCCAUUCGGGUAGCGGUGGUGUGGGUCAGGCGGCCAUCAGAAUAUGCCUGAGUCUGGGCUGUCGGCUAUUGAUAACCGUUGGCUCCGACGCCAAACGCCGGUUCCUUCGGGAGUUGUUCCCGACUUUGGGCGCCCAGUGUUUCAGCACAUCCCGAGACGCCACCGCUUUUCGGCGUCACGUCAUGACCGAAACGGACGGCGCGGGCGUCGAUGUGGUCCUCAACUCCCUGUCCGACGAGAAACUGUUCGCAAGUUUGGAGUGUUUGGCCACAAAUGGACGCUUCCUUGAGAUCGGCAAAUAUGAUUUCGUCAAAGACUCGCUUUUGAAUGUGACUGAUUUGUUGCGAAACAAGACCUUCGAAGGCAUACAAUUUGAUGCCCUGCUUAUGGUUGACGACAAGACAUCGCCCACAAUGUUGAGGGAUAGGCAGAGGGUAUGGGAACUAAUAAACGCGGGCAUCGGCGCCGGUGUUGUGCGGCCCCUAAACCGUACGGUUUAUGAGCACAACCGGUGCGAACAGGCCUUUCGUUUUAUGGCCAGCGGUCAACACGUGGGCAAAGUUAUGGUCAAAAUCCGAGACGAAGAGCCCGUCAAACACACCCUUCAUUUGAAUGCGAUAAAAAUAGCGGCCAUUCCUCGCACUGUAUUCCUCUCUCACAAGACAUAUAUAAUGACCGGUGUUGUGUGGACUCAACCGAUUGGUGGCGAACGCGAUGCCAUGAAAUUGGGUCCAAUCGGCGGUAUAUUUCACUUAUCAUUAGUGAUAAGUGACUGCCUUUUGGAGAAUCAGUCGAUCGAGUCGUUUGACAAAGUGUUUGAGUCUAAAUCCAAACCAUUGGCACAUUUGGAUCGCAUGUCGCGACAAAUGUGUCCACAUUUGGACCACUUUGUGGUGUUUUCAUCGGCGGUCACGUCUCAGGGAAGCGCCGGUCAAAGCAAUUACGGCUUCACUAACGCCGCGAUGGAGAGACUGUGCGAAGCGAGACGAGCCCUGCCAAACGGCCGAGACCGGCAGUGGCGGUUACUGACCCUUUACCCGCGUUACGCUCGCGUCGCGUACGUGAGUACGCUACAGACAUUGGAUGAGUUGCUUGAGUCCGGAGUCACCAUCUGUUCCAGUGUUUUGUUUAGAGCGGAGAAAACACGCAAAACAUGUGAUUCGGCGACCGAUGGGCACAAUCUGUUGACAACAGUGUGCCGUAUAUUAGGCCACAAAGACUUGGAGGCGUUCGACGCGACGACCCGUCUGUCGGAACUGGGAAUGGAUUCGCUGCUAACCGUUGAGACGAAACAUGCGAUCGAAAGGGACUUCGAGUUGGUUUUGUCCACUCAGGAGAUCCGCAAUUUGACGAUUGAACGCAUUCGACAGAUCAGUCUAUGUAAAAAC